CCCAUCAAUCCUUAGUCCACACAGAGAUUCACUCAUAUCGUGAUCGCGUCAUGUCGUCGACAAUCCUACUGCUCUUAACACUCUUUUUGGGCGCCAUUGGUGCUAUAAUUUUACUUUAUCGCAAAGUGAAUUUUUGGGCUCGAAGGGGAAUUCCUUAUAUUAGGCCUCUACCAAUACUCGGAAACAAUUUCGCCCUUUUUUUUCGACGUUUAACUGUCAUGGAUUUCGUUUCCCAUGUGUACAAUAGUUUCCCGAAUGCAAGAUACGUGGGUAUAAUGGAUUUCAAUAAUCCAGUAGCUGUUCUCCGAGAUCCAGAGCUGAUAAAAGAAACGUGUGUGAAAAACUUUGACAAUUUUCUCGAUCAUCGAAGUUUCAUCGAUGAAACGAUGGAUCCCAUUUUUGGAAAAAAUGUAUUUUCAUUGCGGGGAAACCGUUGGAAGGAAAUGCGGAAUACGCUGAGUCCAUCUUUCACAGCAACAAAGAUGAAGUUUAUGUUUGAAUUGAUUGCAAAGUGUUCUCGUGAUUUCGUUCAAUAUUUUCUGGAUAAUCCCGAAGAAGCAAAGUGUGCUGAGAUGAAGGAUGCAUUCACGAGGUAUACCAAUGACGUAAUUGCCACUUCCGCUUUUGGGAUUAGUGUCAAUUCCAUGCAGGAUAGAGACAACGAGUUUUACUUAAGAGGGAAGGAUGCGACGUCAUUUCGCGGUAUUUGGCGCAUGCUAAAGUUUUUUAUUUUCCGAACUUGCCCUCAAGUGAUGAGGUUAAUAGGAGAACCCUUUUUGUCCCGAGCAUCAGAUCAAUUUUUCAGAAAAAUUGUCCACGAUACAGUGAAAACCAGAGAGGAAAAAAAUAUUAUCAGACCAGAUAUGAUUCACUUACUGAUGGAAGCCAGAGAUAAGGAUAGCGGAGUUCCGUUAUCAAUUGAUGACAUUAUUGCGCAAGCUUUUAUUUUCUUUUUGGCAGGUUUUGAUACCGCUUCAACUCUAAUGUGUUUUAUUGCUCACGAACUUGCAAUUAAUCCUGAAAUACAAGAGAAGCUGUGGGAGGAAGUUAACAGUUUUACGAAAAAUGGUGAUAAUGAUAUUUCAUACGAAACUGUUUCGAAAAUGAAGUACAUGGAUAUGGUGAUAAACGAAACACUCAGAAAAUAUCCACCAGCUCCUGUGACGGAUAGGCUCUGCGUGAAAAGUUACACUUUACCUAAACCGACACCAGAGAGCAGAGAAUACAUCGCAGAACCUGACACUGCCAUUUGGAUUCCUAUUUAUGGAUUACAUCAUGAUCCAAAAUACUUCCCAGAUCCUGACAAGUUCGACCCUGAGAGAUUCAACGAUGAAAAUAAGGAUAAAAUUAAUCCUUAUGUUUAUCUACCUUUCGGAGUCGGUCCAAGAAAAUGUAUUGCUAAUAGGUUUGCUCUCAUGGAGACAAAAAUUCUCUUGGUUAAUAUUUUGCAAAAUUUUGUUUUAGAAAGGUCUGAAAAGACAAUUGAUCCAAUAAAGUUUGAGAAAAAUUUUAACGUUGCUAUUAAAGGUGGUUCUUGGGUUAAGCUUUCAAGAAGGAAGCAGUGAAUUAAAAAAUGUGUACUAACAUUUUUUUAGAAAAUUGUCAUUGGAAUAUUAUUUAAAGAUAAGGAUUUGAUAAUAGGAUGUACGCUAAUAUUGCCAGUUAUUCAAAGAGCAAAUUUUUUUAAUUCUAAAAUAUUCACAAUUCUGAUUAUAAAAACAUUUAAAGUGAUUUGUCAUGGUAAGUUAAGUUCUAUAUCUUAUGACUUCCAAUUUAAUCGACGUUUUUGUGCACUCGCAUUUCAAUCAUUUUUUUAUUUCUAUGUACGCAGUAAAUCAUUGUUUUGUGCAGAUUUCUAAUUUUAUAUAUAUAUAUAUAUAUAUAUAUAUUUGGGUACAUGAGAUAAAUGUAUAAGAAAAUGAUUAUAAGACAAAAACAGAAAACUAAAAGUCCUAAUUAAAGAAAGAAGCAGGAAAAUAAGAAAAUGCAGAAAGAUUUUGAGGGAAAUCAAAAAUUAUAUUGGAAAAUGGUGAGCAAGAUUAGGAAAGGAAGUGGUAGUACAAUAAGUUUCGAGAACCGAGUUUCAAAUGAAGAAGCAAAUGAGUUUUACGAUGUGGAAUAUAACAUCACGUAAGCUAGUUUAAUCCGUCAACAAAAUUUCAAUUCUUUCAGACUGUGUUAAUUUUUCCGGCAUGAUGUAAGCGAUUUGCGUGUAUCUUCACAAUUUUGAUAUAAGUACAAGUUAUAAUAUUUGUGUAAGUUAUUAUUUAUACAGUUAUAAUAUAAAAUUCUAAUAAACGACCUGA